GCAGAGGAGCUGCAGCAUGAGAAACAUUGUUUUUUGUACAUCAAAGCAUAUAAACCUAUUCCAGUAGACCCCGAGAAUACAAAUAUGAUGCUGAAAAGGACUAAAUGUUGUGUGCUGUGGGAUGCCGACCGGGAGAAGGCUAUCAUCACCCGUGGACUGGAGUCCUUCUCUUCCUUCUCCUGCAUCCGCUUCAGGCCAAGCAGAAGCAGCGACCGUGACUGGCUGAGCAUCGAGUCCCAGAAUGGCUGCUACUCCUUCGUUGGCCGUCGUGGUGGGAAGCAGGUGGUGUCUCUGGCCCGCAGGGGAUGCCUUUACCAUGGCACGGUGCAGCACGAGCUGCUCCACGCUCUGGGCUUCAACCAUGAACAGACCCGCUCUGACAGGGACAACCACAUCAAAGUCCUGCUGCAAAACGUUCAGUCUGGAAUGGAGCACAACUUUAGAAAGAUCGCCACCCUGAACCAGGGCACUCCCUACGAUUACAACUCUGUCAUGCAGUACCACAGGACUGCCUUCUCCAAGAACAACCAGCCCACCAUGGUCCCCAUCCCCGACCCCAACGUGUCCUUUGGCAACGCCAAGGAGAUGAGUCGCAACGACAAAGCCAGGCUCAACACUCUCUACAAGUGCUAAGAAUCAUUUUCAGAUGUGCUGACAGACGAUCAGAGGCUCCCUGACCAACAGAAGCUGCAGCCCUGAACUCAUCAGCACCACAGCCAAU